AUGCCUAUUACUACUCGCGCAGGUGCGAAAAAUGCGAACCCCGCUAGUGAUCGGGUACUACGUUCGCAACUGUUGGCGGAUUCUUUUGCAGAGCUAGCCUUACCCCCGCUACCUCAAAACCUUAACCUCAACCCACCCCAACCUCAACCCCAACUUUCGUUGGGAGCAGAGUCUUUGUUAGCACAGUCCAAUCAGGGCGAUAAUAGGGGAGCAACUGCUCAAGAUCCGCGUGAAUCGUUAGGGGGUAAUGAAGAAGUACUAGCUGGCUAUAUCCGGGAUGUGGUCACGGCUGCUAUAGGAGCGAGCCGAGCUGAAGAUUUACGCUUUCUCACGAAUGAGAUGGAUCGAACUCGAAAUGCUCUCCGAAAUGAAGUGGCGGGUAUAGUUCGAGAGACUCUCAUGGCACCUACUCCAGAAGUUAAUCGUGCCCUUAAUAGAGCUAACCAAUCUGAGCAACUGUAUGGCGGCGCGAAAACACCUCGGACAUCAACUAUACCACCACUUAGAGCCCCUUUUCCAUCGCGACCUCGAUCCCCUCCUCGGCCGCCAACACCACCCCGAGCUAAUGCAGCCAAUGAACCACCCGCCAUGGAUGAGUUUUUGAGGCAGUUGCAUAACUUAACAUUCAGUGAUCCAAUAAACACCACACAGGCGCAACCUAGAUACUCAAGGUACAGUAGGAUUCAUAGCUUCCACAAAUGGGGGGUGAUGUUUGACAGCCGCGAGAUGUCCGUGGAUGACUUCAUCUUUCAGCUCGAAACAUUGAAGGAAGGCCACGAUGCAACUUGGGAAGAAGUCGUCAUAGGCUUCCAUCAGUUUUUAGACGCACCUACAAGGAGGUGGUACUGGGUGUACCUGAAGGCCCAUCCAAAUCCAACAUGGGCGGUACUCAAGAACGCUUUGAUAGAGCAGUUUAGGAGUCUAGAGACGGAUCCGGAGCUUUCGAGAAAGUUGUAUGACAGACAUCAAGGUCAAACGGAGAGUUUCGACGAUUUUUAUGCCGCGAUCCAGAAACUCAACGGGAAGCUGAGGACACCUAAGCCUGAUCUGGAAGUCAUGGACAUCCUGAAAAACAACGUCCGACGACAGAUGGGAACGCUCCUGAUUACGUGCGAUCCUCGCAGUUUGGCCGAGAUGGUGUACAUCUGUCGAAAGAUAGAAAAAUAUCUUCAAGACCAUGAACCGCAGAGACCAAAAAUGGCCCCAAUUCCACCUCCACGUAGAAGUGCAAUCUCUGAGCUCAAAGCCGAUGAAAGAGAAGUGGACGAAUUGGCUACACCCGAGAUCGAGGCAUUUCACCCUAAAAAGGAAAGGGACACGCGGAACUAUGUUUGCUAUAAUUGCAAGGCCAAGGGACAUUCUUGGUUAGAAUGUCCAGAACCCCAGAGGAUCCUGUUCUGCUACGGAUGUGGAUUGGAAAACUACACCUCUCCAAAUUGUCCUCGCUCAGUGUCCGUCCCCGUCCCUACCAACACUCCUUCAUUUACACCUGUUCCAGCACCCCGUAUCCUACAACGUCCAACAAAUCUUCUUGAAGCUAAGGUUGAGCCUCCACGUGCAGCUUCAAGACCGAUCAAAACUCUACACGAAAGGCUACAAAACUAUCUGGAGGUACGGAAAAGAAUCUUCGGUUCCCAAAACACCGUGGUCUCGGACAAGGUGUCUAAACUGAGGAAGAAGUUUAGUGAAAAGAAACAAUCCUACAAAGCCAUCGAAGCAACAACGUUGUGUAGCUCAGAAGACCCACGUCCAUAUGCUACAGUUCACAUUUUUGGAGAAGCUCUCCUUGGAUUGCUGGAUAGUGGAGCUAGCAUAAGCUGCCUUGGUGCGGAUGGCCUUGAUUUUCUGCGAAGACAUGGACAAAACAUCACUAAACUCUCUUCCGAAGUUAAGACAGCCGACGGGAAACAUCAAGCCAUAGUGGGGAAGAUCUUUGUGGAAGUUACUUUUAAAGCGAUGACGAAAACGAUUCCCCUGUAUCUGGUCCCUUCUUUACAGCAGAAACUAUAUCUGCGUAUUGACUUCUGGAAGGAAUUUCAAAUCGCUCCUCAGCUGAUUUCUGAAAUCUCUUCAGUUCCGUGCCCGAAAGAGACAGACCCGAAUGCUCAUGUACUCACUGAACAACAGUCCAAGCGCUUACAAGAUGCCAUAAGUCUGUUCCCAUCCUCUGCUGUCCAAGGCUUAGGAAAAACAACACUUGAGGUACAUACCAUCGACACAGGUAAUGCAGAGCCCAUUAAACAACGGCAUUACCCGAUUUCCCCAGCGGUACAGAAACUUCUUUAUGAGGAAUUGGAACGUAUGCUUAAGCUUGGUGUUAUCGAGCAAAGUAACAGUGCGUGGAGCUCUCCUGUAGUCCUAGUGCGUAAGCCUGGCAAAAAUCGCUUAUGUCUAGACUACAGGAAAGUCAACGCGAAAACUAAGAAAGAUGCGUAUCCACUUUCUCAUAUUGAAGGAUUGCUAUCGCGUCUUCCAGAUACACAUUUCAUUUCGAGUGUGGAUCUGAAAGAUGCUUUUUGGCAGAUCCCGUUGGAGAAAUCAUCUCGGGAAAAGACGGCGUUUACUGUGCCCGGCAUGCCCCUGUUGCAGUUUACGGUUAUGCCAUUUGGCCUCUGUAAUGCCCCACAACGCAUGGUCAGAUUAAUGGACAAAGUGGUGCCCCAUCAACUGCGAGAAAAAAUCUUUCCGUACUUGAAUGACCUGUUAGUGGUAUCUAGCACUUUCGAAGAGCACGUUCAACUGUUGGAGAUUUUGGCAGGUCGACUGAAGGAAGCGGGACUGACAAUGAACGUCCAGAAGUCAAAAUUCUGCUUCAAAGAGUUAAAAUACCUAGGAUAUAUAGUCGGCGAUGGCUGUUUGAAAACCGAUCCGGAGAAAGUAGCAGCCAUACGAGACUUCCCUACCCCGGCUACCUCGAAGCAAGCCCGACGAUUUUUAGGACUAGCGGGAUGGUACCGGCGAUUCGUUAAGGACUUCUCAACUCUUGCCGCCCCUAUAACGGACACUUUGAAGAAGAGCAAGAAGUUCAUUUUCACGGACGAAGCCGUAGAAGCUUUUGAAAAACUGAAAAGAGCACUGACAUCUGCUCCGCUCCUGGUAAACCCCGAUUUUACGAAGGAGUUUAUAAUUCAGUGCGAUGCCUCAAACACCGGCAUCGGCUGUGUACUUAGUCAGUUGGAUGAAAGUGGCAAUGAACGCCCAAUCUUCUACCAUUCGCAGAAACUCAACGCGGCUCAGCGGAAUUAUAAUGUCACCGAGCGUGAGUGCCUGGCUGCUGUCAUGGGCGUCCAGAAGUUUCGAGCGUACGUGGAAGGGCAUGCGUUUAAAAUCGUGACAGACCAUGCGAGCUUGAAAUGGUUGAUGAACCAGAAAGAUCUCUGUGGUAGGUUAGCGAGAUGGAGUUUAAAGCUUCAGGGGUUCGAUUUCACCAUCGAACAUCGCAAAGGAUCCCAGAAUGUCGUACCUGAUGCUCUGUCAAGAGUUCAUGGGGUUGACGCUAUGGUUUCUGAGAUUUCGAUGUUGGUCGACCCUUGUGAUGUACUCCAUAUUGACCUUGCGGAUCCUAGUUUUAAAUCUACGGAAUACUGCAAGAUCAGGGACAGCAUCCAAGAAUAUAAAGAACAGCUACCUGACCUUCAAGUGUCGGAAAAUUUCGUCUACAAGUCAAACAUUGCACAGGGAAUCCUGUAG